AUGAAGGACUGCAGCGGUCUCACCCUUGUGACUGCUCCUCCCUGUCCCCAACAACUGGUCCUCCAACUGGCGGCCGCUGAACGAGUGGCAUCAGGGCCAGUUUCCCACGAAAUUCUCCCUCAGGGGAAGAAUGAAUUCAGUAGCAAUACUGAAGCUACGCAAACCUUUCAGCUUGCACUGAAAGGUAGAGAAGAUGUAAAGGAAGAUCUUGAGAAACGGGCUGAAGAGGAGGCGAAGGAAUACGCCCGGCACCGGAACACCAGAAUGAUUCUGCAGGACAAAAUAAAGGAACGUCUCCAUAAAGAAUCUCUGCAGGAAGCUGAACAAUUUUCAGAUCAGCAGAAACAGAGAUUCAUGGAGAAUGAAAGCUGCAGAAUCCUGGAAAAAGAAGCAAGAGAAGCAGGAGAAGAAGCGCGAGAAGAGGCGAAAAGAGAGCUAGCGAGCCUCAAGGUAAGGAAUGUGCUUCAUUACAGAAUGCACCGGGAAGAGGACCGAGAAGAUAUGAAGAGACAAACAGAUUUGCGUCUGAAAGAAAAGGAAAAGAUGAAAACUCGCCAAGAAGAAGCCCUGGACGAGGCCCAAAAGGAAACAAUGAAGAGAACCAUAAGAAAUGUGCUUCUUAAUGAGCAAAUAAAGAUCGAAAAACAGCAGCAAGAAGCACAGAAGAAGGACGUCAGCGAGGAGCCUCGGGUUGCCAGACGGAUUGAGUUUCCCAAGAGGAGACCAGUUCAGAUCCGGAAAGCCCCUCUAUGGAAGCCGGCUUCAUUUAUUGAUUCUCCUGACGACUAUAAGCGGAGAACUCAAUAUUAUGAAAUCAUUGAAAAGAUCGACGAAGCCCUUGGCCCAAGUGGGUUGGACAGAAGGCUGCUGGAGACGGCACCACCAACAAUUGAGGAUUUCCAGCUCCAGUCCUAUCUCGGCGAGGGAACUUUCGGAAAGGUCUACAAGGCGCAACAUAGAAAGUCCGGGAAGGUUGUUGCUAUCAAGGCCAUGGAAAUGCACAAUAUCAACAAGAUCCGUGCAUUUAAAAGGUAA